AUGACUGACGCUCCGAUGUACUUGCAGGAUGGACAUUUGAUGUGUACUUGGUGCUACUGGUAUGGGCCCCAUGGUGAUCAUGGUGACCGAGCAGCUGGCAAUGACGAGGACAGCUGCGGAGAGAGCGAGGGUCAGCCGUUUGCUGACAAUCGACGCAUGUUACGUGCACAGAAUCUUGAACUGCAGAAACAGAACAUUGAACUGCAGAAGCAGCUUUGGUCAGCGCAGCGUGUUGUGGAAGCUGGGCAUGCCAAAAUGAAAGCUGAACGCGCCAUGCAGCAAAGCUUCGUCAAGAGCCUCUUUGAUCGCAUGGAGGCCCUGGAGGAGGCGCUUCGCAAGGCCCAUAAGCAAAACAGAUGUGCCCAAUGGGCACUGCGAGGUAGUUUCGAUAGGAUCUCCGAUGUCACAGAAGAACUGGAAGACGCGCAGGCGGUCCUGGAAGCAGUCAUGCAGGAGAAGGAUCAAGUUGCAAGAGCUGUGAGUUUGCCAGACGCAGCAAGCUGGCGGCUGAAGGACUCGGCCAAGAAGGUCGUCGAGGCGCCCAUGCAAACACAGGUGCUUUGUUUAUCAAUGCCAAGGCUUCUGAUGUGA